AUGUACCAGACACCUCCACAAACAAGAGCAGUACCGGUAAACGUGAACCGACAACCUUCUGAUAACGCACUGGCCAAAGUGAAUGGAAAUGCAUUGAAUGAUGAACAAAUAUACCAAUGGAUAAACGAGCUCGUCACAGGUACUAAUAGGGAAAAGGCAUUACUAGAGUUGGGGAAGAAAAGAGAGCAGUAUGAUGACUUAGCUUUGGUUCUUUGGAAUUCGUUUGGGGUGAUUACAGUUCUAUUAGAAGAGAUUAUCAGUGUUUAUCCGUUUUUGGACCCACCAAAUCUAAGUGCGUCGACUUCCAAUAGAGUAUGCAAUGCUCUUGCAUUGUUGCAAUGUGUGGCAUCGAAUGUCCAAACUAGGAGUUUGUUUUUGAAGGCCAAUUUGCCAUUGUAUUUGUACCCAUUUUUGUCAACCAAUGCACGCCAAAGAUCAUUCGAAUAUUUGAGAUUGACAAGCUUAGGGGUCAUUGGUGCACUAGUGAAGAAUGAUACACCAGAAGUUAUUAAUUUCCUUUUGACAACGGAAAUAGUGCCAUUGUGUUUGAACAUUAUGGAAAUUUCAUCUGAAUUGUCCAAGACUGUUGCCAUAUUCAUUUUGCAGAAAAUACUACUUGACGAUCAAGGAUUAAAUUACAUUUGUACAACCUUUGAACGAUUCCAUACUGUUGCAACUGUAUUGGCCAAGAUGAUUGAACAAUUGGCAGCAUUAACCGUUUCUGGUGCCAAUGGGAAACCAGUCACGGGACAGGGACAAGCAUCCUCUAAUAGCUCCGGGAGGUUAUUGAAACAUGUGGUUAGGUGCUAUAUGCGACUUUCGGAUAACAUCGAGGCCAGGAAAGCGUUGGCAAAUAUAUUGCCCGAGCCAUUGCGUGAUGGCACGUUUUCAUCGAUAUUGCAGGAUGAUAUUGCAACAAAGAGGUGUUUGGUGCAGUUAUUAGCCAACAUAAAUGAGUGA